UAACAGGGAAACUGCUUCCACACGUCCACCAGCUUGCAGAAAAUGCCACAAAUUGCAGAGCUUUCCGAUUACAUUUAGGACUCUACGUUCUACACUACUGUCCGAAGAAAGAAAUGGUUGGCUCUAGUGUUUCCACCCACUUUUUUUCUCUCUAUUUAAAUCAUUUGUCUGAUCUUACUAUCCUCGCAAUUCAUCAUCUAUAUUGGUCUCUCCAUCCAUAGCUCUCUUUUCUAAUUUCCACAGGAAUAUAUUAUAUAUAUAAUAGCUGUAGAAAUGGAGAGCCAAGACAAUAACAAGGUGAGUGGUAGUGUUGAUGGAAUAGGUGGGAGCAAAGGGGGAGUGGGGAUGUCAACAAAAGUGAGCAUCUGUGACUUGAUUCUGAGGGUUUUGGCACUGCUGCUAACACUUGCAGCUGCCAUAGUUCUUGGGGUGGAUAAGCAGACUAAGGUUGUUCCAUUUCAGUUCACACCAACCUUACCUCUUGUCAAUGUUGAAGCACAUGCUAAGUGGCAUUACUUGUCUGCCUUUGUGUACUCCAUGGUGGCAAAUAUAAUAGCAUGCUCAUAUGGUGCAAUUUCUUCGCUCAUUUUGCUGGGAACCCUAUAUAGAAAGACAGGAUUGGUCCAAAUUAUAACUGUCUUCGAUCUGGUGAUGGUUGGAUUGCUGUUUUCUGCCAACGGAGCUGCCUUGGCCAUUGGUCUUAUGGGCUACAAAGGGAACUCCCACGUUCAAUGGAACAAAGUUUGCAAUGUUUUCGACAAAUUCUGUGACCAAGCUGCAAUUUCUAUUGUUCUGUCUUUAGUUGGUUCAUUGGUCUUCAUGGCUUUGGUAGCCGUCGCUGUUCUCACCUUCCAUAAGAGAUUUGCAAGUAGAAAUUAAAUGAGUUCAUGUUUUAUAUUUGUUAGGAAAAAUAAAAUUAUGUGAAAAAAAACUUAUUAUUUAUAUUGAUUAUUACUAUAUGGGUUUAUAUUAAUUAUUAUGGAUUUGCUCUGCUAGCUCUUCUUUGUCUGGAUUUUAUUUUCGUUUUUAUUUUAGAUAAUAGUGUGAACAACACAAAAUAAUUGCAAUAAACAGAGGGCAAACUCAAUCCAAAACUUGAGACUCUGAUUUUUAGGUUGUGGACUGCGAGGGCGAUGUCAGUGAGCAGAAACUGUCCUGCAAAUGGGACCCCUCACUUCUUACCAGGUUCUUAACUGUAGUACAAUAUAUAGUAUUCAUGACAA